ACGUGAACACAUCGCAUGUUUAGAUGGUAGCGGAGUUGACGAAGCUGAUGACGUUUAUGGUCUCGCGAGUUACAAACCAAUGCGGGUCAUGCGAACACCGGAAUUAUUGAUUUCUUGAUGUCUUGUUUGAUGCAUAUAAAUAAUUGUGGGUAGAAACAUACCUCUGAACCAAAUGUAUAUACUUGGAUUACACAAUGUGUAACGGUAUCAGUAUUCAUAUCUAGACAGCUAUUCCAAUGAGCAUGGACCCGAAGUGCAGAUUGCAAGUCCAAAACAAUUUCCGCUUUGCUAUGAACAAAUUCAAGGAGAUGGACAAAGCAAAUAAUCCCCAAGGCGCCAAACCAAACUUUGCCACCGGAGGGAGCAGAACAGGUCAAGCAAGCGCGAAAGAGGCCAUCCUGAAUUGGUGCAAAGUAGUUACCAAAGGAUAUGAGGGUGUGGAUAUCAAGAAUUUUGGAAGCAGUUGGGCAGACGGACUAGCGUUCUGCGCGCUGAUACACCACUUUUACCCAGAUGCAUUUGAUUUCGCGACCUUGAAGCCGGAGAAUCGUAAAGCCAACUUUCAGCUAGCUUUCGACACUGCCGAAAAACUUGGUAAUGUCUCACCACUCCUUGAGGUGGACGAUAUGGUCCGUAUGAAGGUUCCGGAUUGGAAAUGUGUGUUCACUCAGAUCCAACUGUACUACAGGCGGUUCCAGCUGGAGGAAGGAAAACAAUGUCACCAACCGCCCACUGGUCUCAUUCCAAAGGCCAGCCAACCACCCAGCUCAGACAGUUAAACAGCUGAUUCGGACCCACUCCUUACUUCUCUUCAGAUGCUCCCUAGUCCUUCGCUUACAAUCUCUAAUUCCCAGAACACUACCUCGUAAGAACAAUCGGUGUUCACGAGACAUCACAGAAAAAGCACUUCAAGACUGACGUUCAAUUAUCUUAUCCCCCUCUCUACUCGAUUCAACUAUGACAAAAGUUGUAUGCUAGAUUACGCAUUUGCUAAACCAUGGCAUUGUAAAUAAAAUCCCGUUGGUACAUCUACCUCAGCUAUCUGAAAACAUGCUGGCUAACGUUUUUCAAUCAAUUAACCAAUACAUACAAGUACCAUCUUAA